GCGCCUAGGAGAACUCGGAGGUAUUGUAAACCGGAAGUGCACAUUAAAUAGCGCGAGCUUCGUCAGAUAGCGUCUACUUCAAAAUGUAAAAUAUACGUUAGCAGCCAAUGUUAAUCAUUAAUGAUGUGGGACACUUAUGAUGUUAUUUAAUGUUAAACUAUGUGAGUGGCGCUCUGUGGCGCGACAGGGAUUAGAACAACUUCCUGAGUCACAGCUGGACGGCGCGGACAGGCGCCACCUGGCGGCGCCGGUGUUCGUACACUCAUAGAAAACAAUGGCUGCGUCCGAAACCGCAUACUGUAUAGUAGGUACCGAAUUAGAUGAAGUACCUACUUACUUGGCAUUAAAACAGUAGGUACUGUAUAGUAUGAAUCCUGGUAGUAUGAAUGAGAUUCGGACGUACUACAUCUGCCAUGUUGCUACAUCACGUGACAUACGUCGUCAUCACGUCAUGUCAUUUCAGUGCGAAAACAGCCGCGUGCCUCUUCUUCUUCGUUGGAUAACUCCUCGUCCGGGGCAUCAUGGGAUAGUGAAGCGUCCAUCGUAUGCACACUGCAAAAUCUAGCCGGAAGUAGUAGGUCAUCCGGGUACUUUUCGCAUACUGUUUUUCGAAUACUAUGUAUUCGGACAUACUACUCGCCUCGCCUACUGCUUUUCGCGUACUAUAUAGUAUGUAGUAGGCGGUUUCGGACGCAGCUAAUGUGUUACAUUUUUUUAGAACGGCGCGGCCGGUGUGCGAUCCCCUUAACACGUUAUGGUUCUGCUGUUAUCUUUCACUAUUUUCGCUGCUGGAACAACAAAAACAGUCAACAUUGCGUCUAAAAUGUAAGUGGCUUAAUAUUAAUUACUUGUUUAGUGAACUGUCAUUAAAUCUGUCACAUUUUCAACCGUGAUGUGAUGCUGCUUAACUGUAUCAUGUUAUUAAAAAAUCCACAUUUUUACCGCAGUACAUUUAACCCACUUUGUUAACACACUUUGUGUUUGCUGUGCUUAUUUGUUUAACUUUGCGUUUUUACAUUAUGCACUUUCGGUCGCCAUUGAUUAAAGGAUGCAGAAUCAUUAUCGUGUUUUGGUGAUUGUUAUUGGCGUUUCUAAUCAGACUAGGUUACUUGUUCGGUCGAGCAAGUAAAAUUCUCUUUCACUUGGCCUUUUAAAAAAUCCACUUGUCUCUGAUAUUAACCGGACAAGCGUUGAUGUCGAGCCCUGCGACGUGUUUUAUUUGCGUUUAGAUUGCUUCAGUAAGCUAGGUCCAAUCUUUACGACUUCUCCGUUGUAUUGCGUUAAUGGAGAGGUAUGUUAGUUCUUCCUCGCUUUUUUGUCCACUUAAUUCAUACUUAAUGAUAUUAUGCAUUGCAGUGACGUUGCUCUCAUUUGUGCCCCCCCUGAAAAAUGAAAUGCCCGUCCGUGAAUUUGUGUCUGGCGCCGGGUCUGCAUCAAAAGACUUCUUUUGUGGCUGCAACCUUGUCCUAGAUGUCGAUAACAUCCUUGAGUCCAUAAAACCUGAAGACAUUCUGACAAAUGAACAGAUAAAGGACUUGGAAAGCAACCUUCAGAGUGGAAAUGUUCUUUCGAACAGAAUGUACCUUUGGAAUCACAGAGGAUUUGACCCAGUCCUUCGGAAAUAUUACAUCACACAUGACACCUUAUUAAAUGUCAAGGAGACUGAAGAGAUAAUCCGGCGUCUGGAAAAAAUACUUGCAUUGCCAGGAACUGUAGUGGAGAAUCGGAUGUUUAUUACUGAGGUCAUGUUGCCUGAGGUAUUCAUUCAGUGGUUGCAAAGCAACAGUGGCUUGUCUCGAUUUCAAGCCGAAUCUUUGCUUCUGAAGUCAACAACUUUUAAAAGAAAAAAAAGGGCUGCAAAGACCAAACCAGUACCCCCACAAAGCACAGAAGAGCAAAACAUUCUUCUGAGAGACAGCAGUCUUGCAGCUGAAUGGUGCCAAAAGGAAUAAUUUGAAGGCAACUUCAUUCUACCCAGUGUCCUUUCAAUGGACAAAGACAAACAACUGGAAAAAAUCAGAAAAUUGCGGAGCUGGAAGUCGGAAUAUGACGAGAGUUCUCCAGCAGAAGAUUUUACAUUUGUGUUUGAGGAAAGAAAUGACUUUGAGGCAUUCUGCACAGAGAUGAUGGAUAAAAGAAAGUACAGAAUUUUUGCUAGAUUUGAAAAUCACUAAAAAUCACAAGCAGUACCACAUUGUUGUAUAUAUAUUGUACAUAUUUGUUUUUAUAUUGAAAAUAUUAAAUUUGUUCUACUUUUCAAAAUACAAAGCAUAUUGAGCAUAACAAUUUUUGGAGUUUAUUUAACAUUUGCUAUGUGUAAAAACUAAAUGGGACGGUUUCCUGGACAGGGUUUAUCUUAUAGUCCCAGACUAAAAUGCAUGUUUGAGCUGUUUGAUUUAAAAAAACAUUGUCCUGUUUAAUUUGAACAUAUAUCGUUAACAUUGUUUUGACUUAAGAUGCACACCUGUAGUGUUUUUGUAAGGUAUGUUUGUAAAAACUUCUCAAACGACCUGAUACAAAAUAAGGCCUAGUCCUGGAUUAAUC